AUGGAGUCUGCCAUUCGCUGGUCCCCGACCUCGUCGGCCACUGAACAACGCUUCCUGUCCGUCGACGUCACGGGGAAAUCAUUUCGUCUGUGUAGGGUGACUGGAUUUGACGGAAAGUAUAUACGCCAUGAAGUGCUCUCCACUCUGACCAAUGUACCCGGUUUUCGCGCAUUCGACUGGUCUACUUCAAAUGAGAACCUGAUCGCCGUGGGCCAGUCGUCUGGGGAGGCUACUAUCCUACGCCUCGAUGGGGAUGCCAAGGAAUCUCUUUCAUUUCCAGUCCGCAACCAACGGUACUGCAAUGCUGUGGCGUUUAGUACACAUGGUCUUGUGGCAUCGGGCCUCGAUCGCGUUCGGAACGACUUUUGCUUGAACAUUUGGGACGUGAAUCAACGACUCAGUCCUGCUGGCGGAAGUAAAGGAUUUACUGAGCCUUUACGGAAGCUCGCCAGCUCAGAGCCUAUUACCAGUAUCAAGUUCUUCCGGGACCAGCCUGAUACGAUCGUAACUGGUGUUAAAGGCCAGUUUGUUCGGAUCUAUGAUCUAAGAGAGGGACCCGGCAAUCCAUCAUUGCAAUUCCCCACUCGAUGUGUCCAUAAUCUGGCUAUUGACUGGCUUGAUGAGAACUACAUUGCGUCUUGCAUUCCAACAAAUGAAAGCACCAUCUGCGUAUGGGACCGCCGCGUUGGAACCCGACUAACAUCGCCAGCAAUUGGUUCUUCUGCCAGUGCCACAGACUCGGGUCAAACGACACCUGCUUUGGAACUCAAGAAUGUUUUCCAUCCAAAAUCCUCCAUCUGGAGCUUGCGCUUCUCGCGGACGAACCGAGGCAGUCUCGCUGCGCUGUCCAGCAGCGGUCAUUUCAAGAAUUACGACAUUUCCAAAGACUACCUGCCGGAAGAGUAUCGCUCUUCGAUAGACGAGACUCUUGGUCAGGGAUCUUCCAGAAAUUAUCCAGAAUCCGUAUACACCAAGCACGUACGGGACGUAUGCAUACCCUUUGAUAACCCGACUCGCGGCUACAGAGAAAAGGACCGGAUUGUUUCAUUCGAUUCCCUGAAUAUUAGCUUGUCCCCUCAACCAAGUUCUAUCGCACUCGACGGCAAUGGACAACCUCAGAUCAUCACCGCGCGGCCCCCGUGCGCACCAAUUGAUCUAUCUUCACGGAGUGUAUUGGCCUGUGGGAUCUCAUCGAAUGACUCAGAUGUGCGAUCGAUUCACCCACUUUCUGAGCACAUUGCGCCCAUAUCCGGCCUGAUCGAAGAAAUCAGGUCACGAGUCUACUCAGCCUCGCAAGAGCAGGAGGCAAAUGCAAAUGAUGAACUGUUUGUGCCAAAGAAUCUUGAUUUCGAGCCUGUCCCAAGCCACGAGAAUAGGGAACGCGCCAUGGCUAUCGGGGUAAUGGGGGUCCCUCUUACUGCCGAAGAAGCGCUCACUCAAUGCACAAUCAACCAGUUCCGGUGCAAAGAGGGUUAUUUGUUUGAUGAGGAUCAAAACCGAAAGGUGGCAUCUGAUGACCAAGCUCUACAAGACUUAUGGGACUGGAUUGAACGUGCUCGAAAAGAGUCUUCCGGGACGUCAAUGGUUGUCAAUGGCUUGGACCUGAAUUAUCUAGGUGUGAGCAGUGUUUGGAAUAAUGACCUAGGUUUGUCUUCGCUUGAGUCUGAAGUCUUUCUCAAAACUGACGAGAGCACAGGCAAUGGUCUCGAACAACGCCGUAUUAGUAAUAAGAAGGAUGGUGCUAAAACAUUUGCGGAUACAGUGGCAAUCUUGGUAACUCAGUUGAAUCUCCCUGAGACAAAAGGUUGUGACACGGCUUACCCCGACCAUCGCCAACUCUGCCUUCGUAUCUGUGGUGCAACGCAAUCCUACCGUGAACUAGAGGAGUCAGUGAAAGCUUUAUCUGGCGAAAACCAGCAUACUAAAGCCGCUGCGUUGGCUGUCUUCCAAGAUGAGCCCAAGCUAGCCUACCUCGGGCUUCGAAGCAACAACCCCACUCAAGCACAUAAAUUGCUAGCCAUGGCGAUUGCGGGUGCCACCAAGGGGGACACUGACACAGACUGGGAGGAUACUUGUGCGGAAAUCGCGAAGGAGCUCACGGAUCCAUACGCCCGGGCGAUCCUAGCCCUUGUGAGCAAAGGCGACUGGAAUGCAGUUAUCAAGGAAACCACACUACCUCUGAAGUAUCGCGUAGAGGUCGCGCUACGCUGGCUUCCAGAUGACGAAUUAACUGAGUAUCUGAAGGAUGCUACAAGCCAAGCAAUUCGUCAAGGCGAUAUUGAAGGAAUCGUCCUCACUGGCUUGGGUCAUUUGGCCAUGGGUCUGUUCCAAUCUUAUAUUGGAAAGUUCAAUGAUGUCCAAACUCCCGUGCUAGCAAUGAGCCAUACCGUGCCGCGGCUUGUUAGCAACCAAAAACACAUUGUCCAGUUUGAGGCCUGGCGUGAGACCUACCGGCGGCAAAUGAACUCCUGGAAACUCCAACUCGAGCGAGCCCGAUUCGACGUUGGCUCUCGUCGUUUCGCCGUGACUGCAGACGGUCGCAAACUCAUGCCACCACCACCGCAGCAAGUCAGCCUCACCUGUAACUACUGCACGAGUCCGCUUACCCAGCACGACGCUUCCUCCCAGGUCUCCACUACCAAGGGUGCCGAAACUGUGCAUCCCACCGCCGGGAACCCACUGGCACCUACAGUCAUGUCCGGGACUGUGUGUCCGCGGUGUGGUCGACAUAUGCCGCGCUGCGGCAUCUGCACUUUGUGGCUGGGUUCGCCAGACCCAAUGUCACGCGCCAGUAGCGCAGCUGAUGCCGAGGCGGGCUCUCGCGAACCCACUGAGACUGAAGUGAUGCGGCGGUUUGUGGUGUUUUGUAUCCAUUGCAACCAUGGGUUCCAUGCAAAUCAUGCCAAUGACUGGUUUAAGCGACAUAAGAUCUGUCCCGUAGCAGAGUGUAACUGCAUCUGUGAUCGGUGA